GUACUCUACCGUAGACUGAUAUCCAGAGGAAAUUGGUUCAAAAUUAAUUUCCUCGAGUGUAGAUGGCCUAAAGAGUAGUGGCACGGUACGCGGUCCAGUUGCUGCAGUAAAUUCUAUCAUUCAGAAUGGCCGUUUCUAUGCGUUUGAUUCGACGGGAUAUGCUGGGAUGCCACCGUAGUCCAUUUGCAGGGACGCGUCAGCCUGUCAGACUGUUGUUUCAGACACCGAAGCCGAACUCACAAGGCAGUGGACGCCAGGGGCGCUUCUGGCAGUCGUGGCGUCGAAUGUGUGAUAAUGCUGGCCAGACGCAAGGCAAAGGGUUCUUGGCCUGGUACAACGGCAUGCUGCAGAAAGCACCAGUGCCGACCAAGGCGAUUACCUCAGGCAUUUUGUUCGGUGCUGGAGAUGGCAUUGCCCAGUUGCUAUCCAUGCGCAGUGAGAAGGGUACACCUUUUGACCUUCCGCGCUUCCUCCGUGCGUCGGCGUUUGGGUUCUUCUUCCUCGGACCCCUCGCCCAUCUUCACUUCAACUUCCUGGAGUACUUGGUUGUGAAGAGACUUGCUGUCAGUGCAGCACUGAUGCCGUUCGCCAAGGUUGGAAUUGAGCAGUUCACAUACUGGGCUCCGGUAAUCAACGCAUUCUACCAUUUCAUUAUUGGCUUCAUGGAGGGUAUUGGCUUCAACGCGUCCAUUGAUCGCGUGAAAGAAAGGUGGCUCCCGACUAUGAAAGCUAACUACACGAUCUGGCCAGCUGUCCAGUUGUUAAACUUUAAACUGGUGCCAAUUGCCCACCAGCUGAACUUUGUCCUAGUUGUCAGCUUAGGCUGGGCUGUGUACCUGAGCUCUUUGGGAGGCGCCAAAGCAGCAGAAUCGGCGGAGUCGGUAGAGGCGGAGAAAGCCGAUGCGUGAGUAACAUCUGCUGUGGCUACACUUGACGUUGUGCCAAAUGCUGGCGAAUUUGGCAUAUUAGAAAAUGUGAAAUUUGAAAUUGCGAGAACUCUGCAUAUUUUAUUUCUUCUUCUUUUUUUGUCGAUGUUUGUGUUCUGGUAACAUGAACAUUUUGAUUUUAGUUCUGUCGCAAAACAGAUUUCUUCUCUAGAAAAUUAUUAGACAAUGGUAGAGUUUGGCCAUCUCUAGACCCCUCUGGGUGCCAACAUGCCAACGAUGUACAUGAAAGUAUCUCACUUGAGCCCAUCUCUCUGUGUGCAAACACGUUUCUGCCACUUGGGCUCACUCACUAUGCAGAUAUUUGAUGCCAUUUGCAGCCUCCGAACCGUAUAAGGUUUUUUUUACCGUUGAGCUCUCGUUUUCAUUUUUGACAGAGCCGGCUAUCGUAACAACCUGUCUCACUGAGUUAUUCUUUGCAAGCAAAAUCUUCAUACCUUUUUUACAUGUGGGAAUUUCCAAAAAAACUUAUGCAAUAAAAGAUCAAUGUCGCCUUGUGAGCCGUACCUGAUCAUUUCAAAUGAAA